UUUCUCAGUUGGGUGAAUACUCAAUAAACUUUCACGUUCACAUUCUCAUUUAAAAAAUGUGCUGAGAACAGUGUAAUUUUUGUCAAAAAAUUGACAUUUAAUAUUACUGCUUAUUGAUAUUAAGUAUAAAUUUUAAUCAAUCAUGAACAAUAUAAAGAUGUUAUCCGGCGAUGAGAUUGUUACAAAAGGUGUAACUAGACUCGAGGCAAAUUUACCUGAACUUGGCUUGAAAGAUGUUGUCCCCAAUGGUUCUUGGUUAGAACAAAAACAAAUUCAAGCCUCGCUGGAAGCCAAAAAAUGUCUAAUAGAAGUUGAACGUAUCGAAAAAAGAGGUUCACUUAGUCAUGCGGAAUGGAGAGAAGACCUUAUGUUAGCUGAAGUAACACAGAAGUGUGGUGGUUACUGGCAAUAUCUAGGUCACAAUGUUGGGAGAAUUCUAUACUUGAAACCUGAGGAAGCACUGUUAUUGAUGGAACUGAAUUGUCUUCUACUAAAAUAUGGUGGAGUAAGUGUAUCGCUACAACAAGCAUAUACCUUACUACUGCAAGGAGAUAUAACUCUUUUAAAAUACAAAGUUUAUGCUUCAUUGAGUAGAAUUGGUUACAAAGUUUAUAGACAUAGAGCUCGUGUAAAUAACAAAUUAAAAUUAGAACAAAAAAAUGAGAAACCUGAUGAGAAUACAAACAUACAUUUGACUGUGUUAAGUGCAGCAAAUAAUAUUAAUACAAAUAAUGAAGAAAAAACAACUGAAGAGAUACCAAAACAAGAAUGUGAUACAUCGUGUAAUUCAAAUGGCACAAAAGAAAUAAAAGUUCCUGGUGAGAGUGGUAAUGAGAAUAUGAAGCCAGAAAAAAUUCAUGCAACUGAAACAAUUAAUGUACAAAAAUAUAACUCUGUUUAUAAGAGUUACCAAAACAAGCUAUCAAGAUUAAAGAAUCGGAAACUAAAACAAUGCUGUGCUGAAAAAACUAAUGAUAUCUUCAGUUCUAUUCCAGAUCUUUUAGAAAAGCGGACUGUGACUUUAAAAGUGCCUGAAGCUAAAUAUGUUCCAAAUGACAUGGUUCUUGAGGAGUCAUAUACAAUUAACUUGAGGAAUGUGCCCAAAAAGUGCACAAAAUCAUCUAGUUUAUCAUAUAGUUCUGGUGACGAAGCUAGUGGAAGUCAUGUUAAGAGAUUGAGAACUGCAUCCACUAGUGGCCCGUCAAAUUCUAAUAGACCACAUUCAACACAAAUAUACCAAAAUAAUCAGUUUAGGCAAUUUUCUUAUCCUAGACCACAAUCUAACUUCAGUUUCUUUAAUAUUAACAUGUUAUUCCAAAGACCCUUUGUCCAACAAAUAUUCUUUCCAACACCUUUCCAAUCCCGAGGGUCCCAGUUUUUUCAAAGGCCUCAGUUUUAUCAGAGAUCACAGAUGUUUCAAAGACUACCAUUUAACAACUAUAAUUACUUUAACAGUAGAGGAAAUAGUCCUGUAGUACCAAAUAAUGUAAGCAAUCAAGAAGCUUACUUAGAGAGGAUUAAAACAUUGGCUCAGAGGUUGAAGCAACUUGUUGCGAGGGGCAAUGUAAAUCAAGAUAACACUCAGUCACUUCAAAAACUACUUAAUACAUACAAUUUAAGGUACAAAACAAAUCUAAGACUUGGCCCUUAUUUUGAGAUUAUCAGUGCUGAAGCAAUAGAAACUAUAGACUUGGAUUUGGAUGAUGAAGAACCACAAAAUAAAAAGCGAAAAACAGAUGACGAUUCUCUUGAAGAUAACCUUAAAUCCAUAGAAAAAGUAGCAUUAGAACUAAAAUCUCUCGAAAUGAGUGGCAAAGCAACUCCUAGACAUAGAAGAACAUUUUCAAAAUUGCUAAAAACAUUCAAUAGAUGUUAUAACACAGAUUAUUAUUUAAAUUCUAUGCAUGAUAUAAUUAAUCGAAGGCACAUAAUUCUAGAUUCUUCUUCUGACACAGACUGUGUUAUACAAGAAGAAAUAACUAAAGCACCCAUGCAUAAAAGUAAAAAGAGUAAAAAAUUAAGAAAUCCAUUUAAUAUCCUGAAGCGGUUGUCGGAAAAACAGGAUAUUGCUAAUGAAGCUAAUAUUUCAACACAUGAUGAAUGUUUAGAAAUGAAAGAUAAAAAGUACAAUGAUGCUAUUAGAGAAGCUAUCACAGGCAAGUGGCUUCCCAGUGAGAGUGAUUUUGGAAGAGUUGAGCUAUGUAAUGAGUAUGGUAUAGAUCCUAUGUUGACAAAGACAAAACUUCUGUAUGAUUUUGUUAAAUUUAAACCAAAUGCAUUUGAAAACUGGUUGGGAUUGAAAAUAGCUUUCUUAGAAAGUCUCAAAGAAAGUAUUACAGAGUUCCAAGACAUUUCUAUUUUCGAAACUCAUUUUGAUGUAGAUUGCUUAGUUAAGCCUGAAGAUUGUAGCGACACACAGUCUGUACUGCAGAAGUUGAGAAUAAUAAAAUCGAACAAAGAAAUUAACAGUAAUUCAACUCUGAAUAUCGAUUUUGACGUUUACAAUAGAAAUGUUGAGAGUUUUAAGAAAACCGACCCUCCAAUACCACAUUUCCGAGUUAUCUGUUUAGAGGAAUCAUCAAUAUUACCAACAGCAACAGAAAUAGAGGCACUUCACUCACAGUACACAGAUAAUGUCCCAAUUGUGUUUGCUCUAGUCAGUAUGAGUUCCAUAUCGUACCUGCAAGUUAGGCCUAUGGAAAUACCUGUAUAUGCACCAAGUGAAAACUUUUAGUUAGGUCUUUUAUGUUAUCUAUAUUGUGAUUUAAAACUAGUUGGAUAAUAAUAAUAUAGAGGAACGUAAGUUCAUUCAAAUGUUUUUAUUUAUUACUAGAAGUCAGCUCAUACCCUGUCUGUAUACCAUAUAUCAUCAUAAUCAGUAGUUUCGUUGUUAGCGUGAUUGACGGACAAACAUCUAGACAAGCAAACAUUUAUAAUGUAAGUGUGAUUGUUACUUAACAGGAGACCUGUAUCUUUGUAUAAAAUUGCGAAAUACAAGAGUUUUUACUAUUCCUACAUGCAAACGUUUUGCAAUGAUAAUUGUAGUCUUGAAUAAUCUUCGCGAGGCUUCAUUUUGUGCAUUUAACUGCUCCAUUACAGACACGUUAAUGAUAGAUAUUAAUUGAUGGUAAAGAUGAUUUCAUUAAAACUAGCUGUUGCCCGCAGCUUUAGCCUUUUGCUCUCUGGCCUCUUUACUAUCUCCUCACACAUAAAUCAUGCUAUAUUGUAUUAUAGCAGUUUCGACGUAAAAUAAAUACAAAUAAACAAGCACAUUUUCGUAUUUAUAAUUUUAUAUUAGUUGUAAGAAUGUACACACCAUUAUAUUAUGCGUCUUCCAUUUUGUUAUUUUUGUUUUAAUGUAUCUUAAAAUACAAGAUUUUAACUUAUAAGAAAAACAGAUUUUAGUUUGAACA